AUGAGGACCAUCACUGCCGGCUCCUUGAUAACAAUGUACUUACUUGUACUUGUUACGGCUGUGAUCAUGCCUGAUCUAGCUGGCCUCGAUGAUGUCACGGACGGUACCUCUCCAUGCGUGACGAUUGGCGGCAACGGAUCUGGAGAGCUCUACAGCAGUUUCUUCUCCGGCGCCGGAGACCGAAUACCGAAGGUCCAACAACCACUUCCAUGUCCUGACGAACUGAGUCAAGCCAGAUUUUGA